AUGCUGGCUAGAAUCAGAUUUAAAUCUUUUCUGGAUCAGUGGCAAACCAGCAUCAGGGAAAAGCUCUCUGAUGAAGUUUCUUGCUUCCAACGAUCUAACGAUGGGCCAACUCAAAGCAUGGCGCACCGAUAUCCAGAUUCUCACACACUUCUUCUGGAAGCCAGGCCAGCUGUUGCAACAAACUGUAAAAGGCAUGGUGUUGUCGCUACUCCAUCAGGUCUUGACUGCUAUGCCAAGCCUUUGUCAGAAGUUGUACACAACCCAGCCUUCCACGAAGCACAAGGCAAGCCACUCAGACUGGAGUCUCCAUGA